AUGGAAGGCGUUUUACUGAAAUGGACCAACUACUUUUCUGGAUGGCAGCCUCGGUGGUUCAUUCUGGACAAUGGAGUUUUGUCGUACUACAGAUCGCAAGAAGAUGUCAACAAUGGCUGCAAGGGGUCCAUCAAAAUGGCCGUGUGCGACAUAGCAGUUCACCCAACUGACACGACUCGACUGGACCUGACAAUACCUGGUGAGCAGUACUACUAUGUCAAAGCAAGCACUCCUCAGGAGAGGCAGGCAUGGCUGAUAGCGCUGGGCAGCUCUAAGGCGGCUUUCCAUGAAACCAGUUCUGCCAAACAAGGUGCAGAUGCCUUGCCAGACCUCCUCAGAAGCAAACAGUCGGAGCUGAGGCUCUACUGUGACCUACUGAUGCAGCAGGUUCACUCUAUCAAGCAGAUGGCAUCAAAGUCUGAUGGAGCGUUGGAUAUCGAGAGAAUGACAGAAUCUUCCUCCCUGAUUGCUGCGACCUGUGACACAUUCAUUGUGGCUUUGAAUGAGUGUAUGACCAUAGUCUCAGAGUCACCAGUCUUUCAGCCCACUCAGCAUCAUGUGCAUGACCUGACCUUACCAGGAUCCUCAUCUCUUGCAAGUAUUCAGAGAAUACCGAAUGCAAGGACAGUAAUUUCCAGACCAGUAGAAAGACCAGCACGACGCAGACCCCCAUCUAUUAGUUCCUUGGAUAGCGUCAAAGUUCACACUUCAUCCUCUCAUCAUUCACACACUGAUGGUUCAAGUCCCAAAUGGCCAGCAUCGCCGGCUCUGCAGUCUCCCGUAUUACCCCACUCCUCACUCCAGCCAGAAUCUGUGCACCAUUUCCCAGUGCCAUCCGCCGAUCCCAGACAGAGAUCUGAUACCUCGUCGUCUCAACUACCAUCUUUGCCAGCAGCAGACGUGAACCUGACAGAGGUCUAUGCUGAUGGUGAACUGAUACCCCGUUUACAUGGCAACGGAAGUCUGCUCAAGAAUGGGCCUGAAUUGGUAAUUCCAGCAGGACAUAAAUCGGCUGGUACAGAAGUAGAUAAUAGUAAAAACUCUGAGGAUGCUGUUGAUGAGAGUAUUGCAACCUUUUUCUCAGCAAUGCCCAAAAGCUUUGCUGAUGUUGACACCAGAGAUCAAGAUUCAAUCCUUGUUGUUCCAUUCCUAGAUGCCUGUAAACAUUUGGUACCAAUAUUCGAUAAAUUAAACACAUCCGCUCUGAUCCCAGUAAAAAUGGAUUUUUGUGGUAAUAUAAAGAAAAUUGAAAGCAAGUAUGAAAUUAACCCAGAACUGUUCCCAACUCUUCAGUCCAUGGUAUUACAUGAACUGGAAAAUAACCAGCAUACUUACUCAAAUUCUGCUACCUCCGCUCUGCUGUGGCUCAAACGAGGCCUGGAGUUUAUAUCAGAGUUCCUGAAGGAGUGUUGCUCUGGAUGCACUGACAUGGGAGUUUGUGCUGGCAAUGCUUAUUCCCGAACUCUGAAGCUGUAUCAUGGAUGGGUGGUCAGAGGAGUCUUUGCUAGUUCACUGCCAGUGAAAGCUGACGACAGUGACGCCACCAUCGAUACAUCAAGUGAACUUUUUGAACGAGUUCUGUUGUCUCACAUCCAGACAUUUCUGCUCCACUUGACCAGGGUACUGGACGCCAUCAACAAUUUCUACGCCAGACAUUCCUUGGAUUCGCCCGAUACAGUAUAA